AGCUUUAUAACAUUUAUAUUUUAUUUUAGACAGAAAAAUGUCAUACGGAGAUAUUAUUGGAUAAGUUAAAUUUACAAAAUGUAAUUACAACACUUAAUACAAAAAAAGCUAAUAUUCGUGUAAUGCUACACAAACUUUCGACAAAAAUUUGUAAAGAAAAUUUAGGAGAAAAUAGGUGGAAAACAUCUUAUGUAUCAGGAUCAAAUUUUACAGAAAACAAACAUAAGUUUCCCUGUACAGAAUUUACAAAACCUAUCAUUAUACCAAUUGUAUAUUUAUUGUCACAACAGAACUGUAGUACAUCAUGUACUUUCUGUAUUAGAAAUCCAUCUAAUUAUCGUAUACAAAUUCGUAGUUUUAAAACAAGACGUAAUGUAAAUAGAGACUUGAAUACAAGACCAUCGUUCGCAAGCAGGAUUAGAAAAUGGCUUCUUCAUUCUUCAAACACGAGUUCAUCUGCCCGAAUUCAGACAUUGGAAUCAGAUUUUGAAAAAGUAAAAAAUAUGUUCAGUUCCACUGAAUCUUCAGCAGGGAAUCAAGACAAAGUGAAAACUGCUUUUAUAGAAGGUUAUGAAGCAGGUCUCCAGCGACAGAUUCGUGGAAGUUCUAUGUGGCCAAAGAUGCUGAUUAAUAUUAUGUCCCUAAUCUUCAUCGGGUCGUUAGCUUGGUAUUUUGUUAUCAAAUCAGGAGGCGUCUUCCGAUUUACAAUUGGUCAAAGAUCUGAAAUUAAUCCAGAAGCAAUUAGUGUGACUUUCAAUGAUGUAAAAGGAGUUGAAGAAGCCAUGGAGGAAUUGAGGAAUAUAGUUGAAUUUUUGAAAAAUCCAGAUAAGUUUUCUGCACUUGGUGGAAAAUUACCUAAAGGUGUGUUACUAGUAGGACCACCAGGGACAGGAAAAACAUUGUUAGCACGAGCUAUAGCUGGUGAAGCUGGAGUGCCAUUCUUCCAUGCUGCCGGUCCAGAAUUUGACGAAAUUUUGGUGGGACAAGGUGCACGUAGAGUAAGAGAAUUAUUCAAAGCAGCAAAAGCAAAAGCUCCAUCUGUAAUAUUUAUUGAUGAGAUUGACUCUGUUGGUGCAAAACGAACAAAUUCAGUUCUUCACCCAUACGCAAAUCAAACAAUAAAUCAGUUAUUAGCAGAAAUGGAUGGAUUCCUGCAAAAUGAAGGUGUUAUAGUACUGGGCGCAACUAAUAGACGAGAUGAUUUAGAUAAAGCAUUGUUACGACCUGGUCGUUUUGAUGUUCAAGUUUUUAUAAAUAAACCAAACUUUCUGGGUCGGAAAGAAAUUUUAGAUUUAUAUUUGUCAAGAGUAUUAACACGAGAUAUUGAUAUAGAAUAUUUAGCAAGGUGUACUGCUGGAUUUACUGGCGCGGAUAUAGAAAAUAUGGUAAAUCAAGCUGCAUUGAAAGCAGCUAUUGAUGACGAUAAAUAUAUAAGCAUGAAACAUUUAGAAUAUGCUAGGGAUAAAGUAAUAAUGGGUCCUGAAGGAAAACUGAAGGCAAUUGAUGACGAAGUCAAGCUUAUUACAGCAUACCACGAAGCGGGUCACGCACUAGUUUCAUUUUACACUAAAGAUUCUGUGCCAAUACAUAAAGUUACUAUUAUACCUCGUGGGCCUUCGUUAGGACAUACGUCAUACAUGAAUGAAAAAGAUGUAUAUCAUGUAACAAAAUCACAAUUACUAGCUAGAAUGGAUUCAAUGAUGGGUGGUCGUGCUGCAGAGGAAUUAAUUUUUGGACCUGAUAAAGUGACAACUGGAGCAGCAAACGAUUUUGAACAAGCAACAGUAGUUGCUGAACAGAUGGUGAAAACUUAUGGUAUGUCUGAAAAAGUUGGAUUUCGGGCACAUGGAGAUUUAAACAAACGAAACGAUAGCGUAGGUAACGAAUAUGGUCCUAGUACUAAUGAACUCAUCGACAAUGAAGUGAAACGUCUUCUACAGGAAUCUUAUGAUCGCGCAAAAAUAAUAUUAAAAACUCAUUCGAAAGAGCACAAACAGUUAGCAGAGGCUUUACUUAAAUAUGAAACUUUAGAUGCCGAAGAUAUUAAAGCAAUAGUAAAUGGGAAAAUACGAUUUUGGUUUAUAGUUACAUUUUAUAUAUUAUUAUUACAUCAGUUGUUUUACAAUGUUGCAUGGUUAAAGUAUGAAUGACUGGAAUCCAUAACUAU